AUGAGAAGAGUGGGAGCAGCAGCAACAAAAACGACUCCAAUGGGAUUAGAAACAGCAGCAGCAGCAGCAGAGGCAGCAGCAGCGGCAGCAGCAGCAGCAGCAGCAGCAGUAGUAGCAGCAGCAAUAAGAGCAGUGGCAGCAGCAGCAAUCCCUCUCUAUAGAUUCAUGUCACCAUCUAUUUGUCUUUGUCAAUUAUUUAAACUCUUCCGUUUGAACUUUUGUCUCUUUCACUUCUUUUCGGUGUCUUUGCUGCUGCUGCUGCUGCUGCUGCUGCUGCUGCCUGCAUGCGGGCAGCAGCUGGGCUCGGGUGUGCAGACGCCUGAGCUCAGCGUCCAGCAGCAGCAGGCGCUGCAGCAGCAGCAGGUGCUGCAGCAGCAGCAGGCGCUGCAGCAGCAGCAGCUGCUGCAGCAGCUGCAGCAGCUGCAGCAGCUGCAGCAGCACUACGGAUUCCCUUUCUCUCCUGCUGCUACUUACUUUGCUGAUCAAGGAGACACUUUAUACUCAGCUCUUCCCAUUGAGACCUACACAGCACUGCCUGCUGCUGCUGCUGCUGCUGCAGCUCAGGCAGCAGCAGCAGAUGUAACCAACGCGGCCACUGCAGCAGCAACGGAUGCUGCGCAGGCAGCAACGAGCGCAGUAACAGAAGCAGCAGCAGCAGCGCAGCAGCUGCUCGCAAGGGCAGCAGCAAAAGCAGCAGCAGCAAAUGUUCCCGGCGCCGCUUCCUCCUUGACCCCGCCGCUGCCUUCUCAGCAGCAGCAGCAGCAGCAGCAGCAGCACCUGCUGCAGCAGCUGCUGAAGCAGCUGCCGCACCCGCUGCAGCAGCUGCAGCAGGCCCACUUGCUGCAGGGGCUGUCGCCGCAGCAGCAGCAGCAGCUGCAGCAGCAGCAGCAGUACUUGCUGCCGCUGCUGGCGGCUCGGCUGCUGCCAGGGGGCGGGGCCGAGGGCGCCGCGCCGCCCGCAGCAGCAGCAGCAGCAGCAGCAGCAGCAGCAGCAGCAGCAGUCUCGCACCUGGCCGCGCCGCAGCAGUACGUCCAGGCCCUGCAUGCAGCACUUCUCGCCACUUAUAAUGCUUCUGAGAAGACACGAGCAGCAGCAAAUGAGUUUAUUGUUUAUAGACAAACUCAUCCAAACGAUGGCUGGGUGGAAGCAUUAAAUGCUUUUGAAAACGCGGCCAAGGAGCUGCGCCAGCAGCAGCAGCAGCAGCAGCAGCAGCAGCAGCAGCAGCAGCCGCAGCUGCUCGAGCAGCUCCAGAAGGAGCGGGAGCAGCAGCAGCAGAAGCAGCAGCAGCAGCUGCUGCAGCAGCAGCGGCAGCCGGACCCGCAGCGGGCGGAGCAGCAGCAGCAGCAGCAGCAGCAAGAGCAACUGCUGCAGCAGCAGCUGCAGCAGCAGCUGCAGCUCCAGCAACUAAUGCACCAGCAGCAGCAGCAACAGCUCCAGCAGCUGCAGCAGCAGCGCCAACAGCAGCAGCAGCAACCGCCGCACUCGCAGGACCAGCAGCAGCAACUGCUCCAGCAACAGCUGCUCCAGCAGCAACUCUACCUCCAGCAGCAGCGACAGCAGCAGCUCCUGCAGCAGCAACUGCAGCAGCAGCAGCCCCAGCAACAAGUGCAGCCGCAGCAACUGCAGCAACAGUACCAAACGCAGCAGCAGCAACAGCUGCUCCUGCAGCAACAGACUCCGCAGCAACUGCAGCAGCAAGUGGAAAUGCAGCUGCAGCACCGGUUGUAUCUGCAGCAGCAGCAACGGCAGAAGCAACUGGAGCAGCAACUGCAGCAGCAACUCCAGCAGCAACUGCAGCAAAAGCAGCAGGAAAUGAAGCAGAAGCAGCAGCAGGAACUGCAACAGCAGCAGGACCUGCAGCAGCAGAGACUGCAGCAGCAACAGCAGCAGAUUCAGGAGCAACUGAAGCAGCAGCAGCAGCAGGAACUGCUUCUGCAACAGCAGCUCAGUGAACAGCUAAUGCAGCAGCAGCGGCAGCAGGAGCUGCAGCAGCAGAGGGCCAAGCAGCAGCAGGAGCUGCUGCAACAACAACUACUUGAGGAGAAACUAAGGCAGCAGCAUCAACAGCAGUUGCAACAGCAACAGCUGCAGCAGCAGCAGCAGCAGCAGCAAGAAGAAGAACAGCAACAGCGUCUGCAGCAACAGCUGAAGCAGCAGCAGCAGCAGCAGCAGCAAGAACGCUUUCAGGAGCAACUGAAACAGCAGCAGCAGCAGCAGCGGGAUUGGCAGCAGCAGCUGCUGCAAAAGCAACUGGAACAGCAGCAGCAGCAGGAGCUGGAGCAGCAAGCGGUGCCUCGAGAGCAGCUGAAACAGCAGCAGCAGCAGCAGCAGCAGCAGCAGCAGCAGCAGGAACUGCAGCAGCAUGAAGCGCAGCAGCAACAGCAGGGAAUUCAGCAGCGACAGCAACUGGAAGAACAAAUAAAGCAGCAGCAGCAGCAGUUGCUUCUGCUGCAGCAGCUGCAUCAGCAGGAGCAGAAGCUGCAGCAGCAGAAGGAGCUUCGAGAGCAGGUGAAGAAGCAGCAGAAGCAGCAGCAGCAGCAGCAGCAGCAAUCGAUUCGCGAACAGGAGCUGCAGCAGCAGCAGCAGCAAGAAGAGCAGCAGCAGAAGGAACUUCAGCUGCUUCAGCAGACACCGGAGGAACUGCAGCAGCAGCAGCAGAAGCAGCAGUUACAGCCGCAGCAACAGCAGCAGCAGCAAAGCCUGCAGCAGCAGCAAGAAGAGCAGCAGCAGGCCACACGGGAGCACCAGCAGGAACAACAGCAGCCACAAGAACUGCAGCAGCAGCAGCAGCAGCAGCAGCAGCAGGUGGAUGCUAGCGCAACUUUGCUGCCUCGCCUGCUAAUGCCGCGGCAGCAGCAGCAAGAGCAGAAUAAAAGUAACAGCAGCCUAAAGGCAGAGCUGCAGCAGCAGCAGCAGCAGCAGCAGGAGUUGAAGGAGCCUCAGCAGCAAAAACGGGAGCAGCAGCAGCAAGAGCAACAGCAGCAGGGAGAGGAAAUGGGCGAAACACAGCAGCAGCAGCAGCAGCAACAAAGACUGCAGCUAGAGCAGAAGCUAGAAAAAAAGGCGCAGCAAGCUGAAAAGAAGGACCAAGAGCAGCAGCAGCAGCAGCAGCAGCAGCAGCAGCAGCAGCAGCAAGAGCAACACCAGGGUGUGAAGCGUCAGCUAGCCGCCGCAAACCAGCAGCAGCAGCAACAGCAGCAGCAGCAGGAGCCCGAAGAGCAGCAGCAGCAGCACGAACGUCAGCAGCAGCAGCAGCAGCAACAGCAGCAGCAGCAGGAGCCCGAAGAGCAACAGCAGCAGCACGAACGUCAGCAGCAGGAGCAGCAGCAGCAGCAGCAGCAGCAGCAGCAGCAGCAGCAGCAGCAGCAGCAGGGCCCUGCUGCUGCCAGCCGGCUGCUGCUGCGGCCUUUAACUAACUUGAGAGAACGCGCAGGGCUGCGGCAAGUGCUGCGGAGUGAAGCAGCAGCAGCAGCAGUAGGAGGCUCUGGAGGAGCAGCAGCAGCAGCAACAGCAGCAGCAGCAGGAGGCAGACCAGUGGGGCCUUAUGACCCCUCGUCGGGAUCCGCGGGAGGCGGCGCAGCAGCAGCAGCAGCAGCAGCAGCAGCAGGAGCAGCAGGAAGCACUGAGGGGCCCCUAAACUUCCAAAGUUUGCUUUCUCGUGCUGCUGCUGCUGCUGCUGCUCCUUCUUGUUUGCUGCAGCACACGAAGAUCACGGGGCUGCCUUCGGAAGUGGACCAGCGCAGCAGCCUGAGUGCCUGCCAGGCCUCCUGCCGCGCGGGGCAGCAGCUUGCUGCUGCAGCAGCAGCAGCAGCAGCAGCAGCAGACGGCGCGCGCAUGCACCAAAUGCGAGUAAUCCCCCAACCUUGCCACUUUGUCUCCUUCAAUCUUGCUGCUGCUACUUGCUACAGAUUUACUGCCUUAGCAGCAAUUCAAAGAGACUCCAACUACUUGUCCACGAGUGCCAACUGCCCCAUUCCUGCUGCGCUGCAGCAGCAGCAGCAGCAGCAGCAGCAGCAGCAGCAGCAGCAGGGGCAGGGGCAGGGGGAGCCGCCGCAGCUCGAGGCGCUGCAGCAGCAGCUGCUGCAGCAGUUCCUGCAGCAGCAAGUCGCCGGACAAGCAGCAGCUUAUGACUUAGUCGAAGACACUCUCAGCUUCUUAUUUUCUCCUGCUGCUGCUGCUGCAGCAGAGACGCAGCUGCUGCUGUCCGAAGCAGCGCAUGCAACUCAAAUCCAAAACCCCACAAACCACUCAGGGGGCCCCCAGUACCCUCAAGAGGGGCCCCCCAGUCUCCCAGGGGCCCCCCUGCCUUGGUUCGGGGCUGCUCCCGCUGCUGCAGCACCAGAAGCAGCAGCAGCAGCAGCAGCACCAGCAGCAGCAGCAGCAGCAGCAGCAGCAAACAGCAGCCAGCUCUACCCUCCGGCCAGCCACAUUCUCUACUCCUCAACGGGCCCUGAAGACCCCCAAUCAAACCCACGAAGAGCCGCAGGGGGGCCCCCAGGGGGGCCCCCAGGGGGGCCCCCAGGGGGGCCCCCAGGGGGGCCCCCAGAGGGGCCCCCAGAGGAACCCCCUGAGGAUUUCCUUGAACAGAGGCAGCAGAAACAACAGGAGCAGCAGCAACUGCAGCAGCAGCAAAUGGAGCAGCAGCAAAGAGAAGAGUCAGGCCAGGCAGCAUAUAUGAAUGCAGCAGCAGCAAAAGAAACAAAAGCAAAAGCCGAAGAAACAGAAGAAGCAACAAGUGCAGCAGCAGCAGCAGCAGCAAGUGAGGCAGCAGCGAAUGCUGCAGCAGCAGAAGCAGCAGCUGGGAAGGCGCCAGGAGAAGAAUUAGAGGGGCAGGACAGCGCAGGGCAGCUGCAGCAGCAGCAGCAACAGCAGCAGCAGCAGCAGGAAGCAGAAGGAUUUCAGCAGCAGCUGCAGCAAGUGGAGAACGUAGAGCAGCAGCUGAUAGAGCAGCAACUGCUGCAGCAGCAGCAGCAGAUGCUGCUGCUGCAGCUACUCGCUGAUCAGGAAAUGUACCCAGGGCAGCAGCUGCAGGAGGAGCAGCAGGUUGACGUGCAGCAGCAGCAGAUGAUGCAGCAGCAGCAGCAACAGCAAACCUAUGACUCGCAGACGUACCUGCAGCAGUUUGUGCGUGAUCGGCAGCAGCAGCAGCAGCAGCAGCAACAGCAGCAGCAGGAGCGGCAGCAGCAGCAGGAGCGGCAGCAGGAGCAGGAGCGGCAGCAGCAGCUGCAGCAGCAGCAGCUGCAGCAGCAGCAACUGCAGCAGCAGCUUCACCAAUCCAAUCCAGAACAGCAAAAUUCUGUGCAGCAGCUUCACGAGCAGCAACGGUUGCAGCAGCAGCAGCAGCAGCAGCAGCAACACCAAUAUCACCACCUGCAGCAUCCCCCCGAAGACCAGCAGCAGCAACAACUGCAGCAACCAUACCCGGAGCAGCAGCAGCAGCAACAGCACAAUCCUCAAGAUUCGCCGCAGCAGCCCCUGUACUACGAGUAUGAGCAGCAGCAGCAGCAGCAGCAGCAGCAGCAGCAGCAGCCCCUGCCUAGCCUUUUGUCAUCGGAAUUGUUCUCUCUGUUUCCUACAGAGCAGCAGCAGCAGCAGCAGCAGCAGCAGCAGCAACUGCUGCCGCCGCUGCCUUAUGCAGCACCUUUGAGCACUGCAGCAGAAGGGGUGAGUCCUCCGAAAGAACUGUGGGGCCCUUCGCUUUGGCAGCUGACUGAGCAGCAGCAGCAGCAGCAGCAGCAGCAGGUGUUGCAGCAGCAGCAGCCGCAGCAGCAGGUGUUGCAGCAGCCGCAGCAGGUGUUGCAGCAGCCGCAGCAGCAAGUGGUGCAGGCGCCGCAGCAGCAGCUGCAGCAGCAGCCGGAGGAAGGGCAGCCGAAGCAGGAGGUGGACGAGUCCGCGUUGCAGCAGCUGCAGCAGCUGCAGCAGCUGCAGCAGCUGCAGCAGCUGCAGCAGCUGCAGCAGCUGCAGCAGCUGCUGCAGCAGUACGGGGGCGAGCAGCCGGCGCAGCAGGCGCAGGCGCCGGGCCGCGUUCCGCUGCAGCGGCAGCAGCAGCAGCAGCAGCAGCAGCAACUGCGUUCGCGUCCGCUGCAGCAGCAGCAGCAGGCUGCGCGGAUGCCCGCGUCGGGGCUGCAGCAGCUGCAGCAGCUGCAGCAGCUGCAGCAGCUGCAGCAGCUGCAGCGGCAGCAGCAGCAGCAGCCGCAGCAGCCCGGAGAAGGAGACGAAGAGCAGCAGCAAACUGGAGAAGAGAUUGCUGUCGAAGCAGCAGGAGCAAUAGAAGCAGCAGCAAUUGCCAUUCUUGCUGCUCACUCUUUGUUCAAAACUGGAGACACAAUGUUACGACGUCACGGACACCUUCUCGACGACGU